GUUUUGUUGUUUAAAUAGAUUUUCAUUUUUAUAACUGUAUUGUGAUUAUAAUAGUUAGCAGUCAGGAGACUAUAAUUAACGGCACAAAUGAAUUAGAAAACGUUCCGUUAAUUUCUGGUCUGAAAUCAAAUUACAUGUUAGGAGACUAUCUGAACGUUAACUGCACUAUACGUCAAAUGAUUUAUGAAACAUCUCAGCCCCGACUCGAAUGGUUUAUUCAUAAUCAAAAGGCCACACAACUUAGCCGGAGCAAGAUCCUCAACUCCAAGCCAGUCAAGACAAAUGAUGCCCUCUCUGUCAUAAUUAAUGUUAAUCACAUAAUA